ACCCCAGGGCUAUGGAACAAAGGAUUAUCUCGGACCUAGACCGAGUGAAUUAUACAUAAUCCAUUAAAUUGUACCUAUUUUACCUUUCCAAUGAGAUAGAGAACCUCUUUGGUCCCCACAGUGUAGCUUAGCUGUCAACAAAGUGGGUAAAAGCAUGGGAGACGAGAGUUCAAAUUAUAGCAGUAACAAGAUGAUGGGUGUUUUCUUGCUAUCUGCCCAAAUCUUGUAGAGGGUUAUCGGAAUUUAUGCGGUGGGAGAUAACAAGUACUUGGUGGAAUAGUCGAGGUGUGCACAAAAUAGCUGGAAACUACCCUUAUAAAAACAUUAUAGACUAUUAUGUAUUUUGUUUGAAGUAUCUUCGAUUAAUAAUCCAGGGAAAUAGAAAGAUUGACGAUGAUGUUACACAUCGUAUUGGAGUGAGAUGGAUGAAAUGGAAGCUCGCAUCUGGUAUCUUGUGUGAUAAGAAAGUGCUGCCAAGAAUCUGCUGCUGCAAAGAUAACAUUUUGCUUCAUUGGCAUUUGAUGUCUUCUUGAUAUUAUGAGUCAGCCUUAUAAAGUUGCAAUGGUUGGUGUAAAAUGCAAGUUAGGAUGCACUGACGCUAUCGUUUUCAUGGUUGUUAGGACGUGCUAUGAUAUUUAUUUGGAGAGUAAGAAUGUGGUGAAUCAGACGACGGCUAAGGCUUCAUUGGUACAAAUAUUGGUGAUUGUUUUCCAGCGAAUGGAGGCGGAUUCGUCUAUGGUGCCAUGGCAGCCUACUGUUGUCGCGGAGUUAAUGGAACCAGCUGAAAAAGAUGAUACUGAUGGAUUCAGGGGUUUAUAACUAAAGUGUUGCAAGACAUUGAUGGAGUUUUCAAUGCAGGGACUCUCAGGGUUGGUGCUACACCUACUGGUGCUCAUGAUGAGGCAUUUGAGACAACUA